AUGGCGUUGACGAAUUCAUUUGCUAGACGUCAAUUGGAAAAGCAUGGAUGGCAACAAGGUAAAGGUCUUGGCAAGGAUGAAGAUGGAAUCGCUGAAGCUGUCAAAGUCAACAUAAAACAAGAUACAGCUGGUGUUGGUCACGACCCUGGUAAAGAAUUCACGUUCCAUUGGUGGGAACAUGUAUUUAAUAAAGCUGCCGACAAUAUUGUUAUCAAGAAAGACGAUAAGGGUAAGAUUCAAAUGGCUACAAAGUCAUCGAAUGGUCGUAAAAAAUCCAAGGCAGAAACCUCUAAGGAUAAGAAGAAAUUGUAUAACCAAUUUGUAAAGGCAGGUGACAAAGAUCAGGCUACCGACAUCGAUAGCCCAUUUGAAGUGCUAAAGAAUGCUAGGCACUUUCAAGAAAAAGAAGUUACCAAUCCUGAUAAGGUUUAUCUUGCAUGUGGUGCAAGAACAGCACAUAAAGCUGCAAGGCACGGCCAUAAGCUAAGUGGGAAACUUCAGCGUUUGCAGCAGCAGGAAGAAAAAAUUUUAUCGGCAUCACAAAUCAAUUCUACUAGAGACGUGAUAAAGAAAAAAAGCAAGCGGAAGAACAAAGACUCAUCAAACUCCACUAAUACUAAGAGUAGUUCAAAGAGGAAAAGGGCUUCCGUAGAGUGCACGAAAGAGAAAAGAGAUCACAAGAAGAAAAAAUCGAAAAAGAAAUGA